CAAGCAUUUCGAACAGAAAAUAUUGAUUUAAUGUUCAUCUUUCAUUUUUUCCUCAUCGAUAUUUAUAAUUAAUUACAAAACUUUUAUUCAAAACAAUUUUUAAAUAAUUCAAGAUAUCCAAAUGACAAACUUAUGGCGUAUCGAGGACAAUCUAUGAGAAUGGUAGAAUUCGAUCAAAUCAAGGGCAAUAUUGGAUGUUUAAUAUCGAUCAAUGCAUUUUUUUCUAGCUCAAAAAACUCCGAUAUGGCAAAGAUCUACUCAGGUUCAACUACGACAGAUUCAGAAUUCUUGUCAGUUAUAUUUGAAAUUGAAGUUCAUCUAACUCAUCAUGCGACGAAACGACCAUUUGCUUCUAUUGAACAUUUGAGCCAAUUUCCCGAAGAAGAAGAAAUAUUAUUUUCUCGGUUGGUGCAUUUUUUCGCAUUCUCAAUGUCGAUGAUCGACGAGCAACCGAUGAUCAUUGCCUGGUUAAAAUAAUGAUGGUCGAAAAUGACGAUGAUUUGAAUGAACUUCGCAGCGAACGAAUUAGAUCGGGAAUAUUCACAUUAUGGGAAUCUCUGUGAUUUAGGUUCUGCUUUAAUCGGUAUGAGUGAUUAUGAUCGAGCAGAAAGAUAUUUUCAAAUGUUACUGGAACACACACCAGAAUCGAAUCCAUCGUUUGGUCUUAUACAAAAUUUUCUGGGCAUUAUUUAUGUCAAUUGAGGAGAUUAUCAGAAAGCAUUUGAAUUUCAAAAACGAGCAUUAAAAUUUUGGACUCAAGAUUCAUUGAUUCAAAGUAAUCAACAUCACAUUGCUAAUACCUAUGCUCAUCUUGAUGCUGCUUAUCGUCAUCUUGAAUAA